AUGGGAAAAAGUUUGUAUAGGAUUAGCCUCAGUAAUGUGUUAGUAUCAUUACUCAAGACUUAUGCGAUUUCCGGUAAGAAUAUCGUCGAUAAAACCUUAGGUUGGCAAAGGUAUAAUACGAUGGCAUUACCUAGUAGAGCACGGGUAUAUGCCGAUGUUAACUCACAAAAGCCUAGAGAAUAUUGGGACUAUGAAAGCUAUGUGGUCGAUUGGGGUAAUCAAGAAGACUAUCAGUUGGUUCGCAAGCUUGGACGCGGGAAAUACAGUGAAGUAUUUGAGGCAAUAAAUAUCACAAAUAACGAGAAGUGUGUAGUUAAAAUAUUGAAGCCUGUUAAAAAGAAGAAGAUCAAACGAGAGAUAAAGAUUUUAGAAAAUUUAAGAGGUGGCACAAACAUUAUAACAUUACAAGCUGUAGUUAAAGAUCCUGUAUCUCGUACUCCUGCACUCAUUUUUGAACAUGUGAACAAUACUGAUUUUAAACAACUAUAUCAAACAUUGUCAGAUUAUGAUAUAAGGUAUUAUUUGUAUGAACUACUGAAGGCUUUAGAUUAUUGCCACAGUAUGGGUAUUAUGCACAGAGAUGUGAAGCCACACAAUGUUAUGAUUGAUCAUGAUAAUAGAAAGUUGCGUCUUAUAGACUGGGGAUUAGCGGAGUUCUACCAUCCAGGGCAGGAGUAUAAUGUUCGUGUUGCUUCUAGAUACUUUAAGGGUCCUGAACUUUUGGUGGAUUAUCAAAUGUAUGACUACUCGUUAGAUAUGUGGUCAUUAGGGUGUAUGUUGGCAUCUAUGAUCUUCCGUAAGGAACCAUUCUUCCAUGGUCAUGAUAAUUAUGACCAACUUGUGCGUAUUGCAAAAGUGCUGGGCACUGAAGAGUUAUUUGAAUAUUUGGAUAAAUAUCAUAUAGAAUUGGAUCCACGAUUUAAUGAUAUUCUUGGAAGGCAUUCACGUAAACGGUGGGAAAGAUUUGUACACUCUGAAAACCAGCAUCUAGUUUCUGCUGAAGCUUUAGACUUCCUUGAUCGUUUGUUACGUUAUGAUCAUUAUGAGCGUUAUACUGCUCGUGAAGCCAUGGAUCAUCCAUUCUUUUAUCCAAUUGUAAAAGAGCAGGGUCGAAUGGUGUCAUCUAACUCUCCAACUCCUAAUGCACUACAAGGACCAAUAAGUUCUACAGAAUAA